AUUCGCUUAUACGUUGUGUGCUAGUGCAUGUGUACCACAUGUAUACACCGUUUAGUCUGUUUGUGUGCGGUGUGCAGACGUGACUGUAAACCUCGCACGCGCGCAGAGUCUCGCGGAGAGCGGCGAACGUGUGCAUCAGCACGUUUAGUGUCCGACCGAUUGCGUGUCUAGUAGCUGCAGUGUGUAGAAUAUAAUGCUGCGCGCAGCUCCGCGUUUAUAAUUGAUGUUUUUGUUGUUGUUGUUGUUCGCUCGCAUAUAGAGAAGAAGAAGAAUUACCAAGUGCAGCCGCUCACUCGUAACGCGUCUCUAGACUAGGAAAGAACGCAAUUGUAUCGUUGUCAAUCGCGCACAGCUGACCUAUUCGAGUUUUUUUAAGUUAACAUAGGAUUAUACUCCGAAGUCCUUAUAUUGGUAGUAUUGGUGCUGCCACUACUGUAUGCACGAUUGCCGGAUUUUUUUGCACGAGUGCGAAUUUUGCUUUAUUAAUUUUCGAGACAUCGCGCGCGUGUUAUUUUAGCGCCGGUGAGACUAUGUGUGUAAUUGAUCAAAGUCACGCGCGGUCUAUAUUUGUUGUCGCUGCCAUUGUACGGUAAAAGAAAAAUACGCGCAAAAAUCCGCGGUGUUGUCAGCCCUCCGUUUUUACAUAACGUUUUGAUUUUCAUUAUUACCCGAGCAGACGGAGCGCAGAGAGCUACAUCGUUCAAGGCCGCGUACUUACUUUUUAAGUGCAUCUCUUGUGCACGCAACUGACGUUUGAUUGAAUGUGCCUUAGAGCGCAGACGGCAGCGGCAAUAGUAGCAGCUAAGAAGAAGAAACGGCAACAACUGGCACGAGGACGAAAAACGUUCUUUUUCAUGAUCGGCCUGGUAAGGUGGAAAAAGGAAUUUUUCGACAAUGGUUUAUGCCUCCUCAGAACCAGGCUACCACCACGCCAUUGCUGGGGCAGCCAGCGGAUGCUUGACGAGGUUCAUCUGCCAGCCCUUGGACGUCGUUAAGAUUAGGUUUCAGUUGCAGGUAGAGCCCAUUAAGAAGAACUCUUCCAGCAAGUAUCAUUCGAUGUUGCAAACCUUUCGUUUGAUCGCAAAAGAAGAAAGUGUUUAUGCUUUGUGGAAAGGUCAUGUUCCAGCCCAACUGUUGUCUGUCAUCUUUGGAACAAGUCAAUUCUAUGUAUACAUAUUAGUCAAUCAAUAUUUGGAGCAGAUAAAUUCAUUGAGUGAUAAGACAAAAACAGUUCAUUUUUUUAGUGGAGCCUUUGCUGGCUGUUUUGCAACAGUGACAUCUUUUCCUUUGGAUACAAUUAGAACUAGACUCAUUGCACAAUCGUCUCAAAAUCAAGCAUACUCUGGAACCCUACACUCAUGCGCUAUGAUAUAUAAGACUGAAACCCCCAAAGGUUUUUUCCGUGGAUUACUGCCAACAUUGUUGCAAAUAGCACCUCAUGCUGGGUUACAGUUUGGAACCUAUGAGUUGAUGAAAGAUAUCAAAUUUCUGCCAGGCAACUUACCUGAAGAUUCUCAUCAUCACAAAAGAGUUAGUGUCAUAAACAGUUUAGUUGCUGGCUGCCUAGCUGGUCUAGUUGCAAAAACUAUAGUUUAUCCUUUGGAUUUAGCUAGAAAGCGAAUGCAAAUCCAAGGUUUCGAGCACGGUAGAAAAGGAUUUGGAGGUUUCUUUCGCUGCAGUGGGCUGAUCCAUUGCCUGGUACUGACUGUCAAACAGGAGGGUGUAGCAGGGCUAUUCAAAGGUCUGGUACCUAGUCAAUGGAAAGCUGCGCUAAUGACUGCUUUACAUUUCACAUUUUACGAGCAGACAUUGUACUUCAUUCGGAGCGCUCAUCCGAUUGAUGAAAAGUGAGGGAUUGAAACAACAUAGUUUAUUUGAUGAAUUUUACUAGUAAAGUUUACAAAUACAACCUGGUGAUACUAGCUUAGGGCUAGAAUUAAUGAUAUAAUUUACUAUAAUUUAAUAGAUAAGUUGUUUAACAAGCGAACCAAAACCAUCACUUUGUAUUAAAAGAAAGAAAAAAAAUAUGGUUCACAGAGGCUCAUGUACAGACUGUUUACACCUGUAUCGACGUUCUUUUAUAUAAAUGUAAAAACAGUGACAUGAAUUUUGAUUUGUUAAUUUUUAAAAACUAAUACAGAAGACUUUCUAAAUAAAUGAUGUAUAUGCAAUCAAA